GUAAUAUAAGAGCGGAGAAAUUAUUGUGAAGCCAAGCAGAAUCACACGGGUCACCUGUGAAGUUCUGUGGGUUUAAAGUUCCAAUUUUAUCUGCCGUCAUGAGCAAACUGCUGAGUCUUUCCAUUGUUUUAGGACUGGUCUUUGAAAGUAACCAGCAGUUAUUGCCGUAUGCCACUGAACCAUGCUGGACGGGCUGGUUUGACAGAGAUGACCCUUCUGGAACUGGAGAUUGGGAAACCCUCGAGCAUCUUCGUAAAAGCUACCCAAGAAAGAUCUGCCCUUCUCCAAUAGGCAUCCAGGCCCAAACCCUAUCUGCGUCCAGUCCAACAGUGGAUGUGAUUUUUAAAGAAGACACAACUGAAGGAUUUGUCUGCAGAAACGAAGACCAACCACCCGGCAAGAUGUGUCAGGAUUAUCGCGUUCGCUUCAGGUGUCCUCCCAUUUUCUGCCAAAAAGAGUGUUGGACAAACUGGUUUGACAGAGAUGACCCUACUGGAAGUGGAGAUUGGGAAACCCUCUUUCAUCUUCACCUAAAAUACCCAGGAAAGAUCUGCCCUAUACCAAUAGAAAUCGAGGCCACAACUCUAUCUGGGUCCAGUCCAGCUGUGACCGGUGAUGCGAUUCUUGUAGAAAACCCAGUGAUAGGAUUCAUCUGCAGGAACUCAGACCAAACAAAAAACAAGAUGUGCAGCGAUUAUCGCGUUCGCUUCAGAUGUCCCCCCAAAUACUGCCAAAAGGAGUGUUGGACCAAGUGGUAUGACCGGGACCAUCCCAGUGGAUCAGGGGAUUGGGAGCUUUUGAGCACACUGAGGGAAGAGAACCCAGGACAGAUCUGUGCUGUACCGCUGCACAUUGAGGUCGUGACCACUGACACAUUGACCGCAGCCGACAGCACAGGGCAACACCUUAUCAUCAGUCCACUUCUGGGAUGUAUUUGCCUCAAUCAUCACCAGAAAACUGGCAUUUGCCGUAACUACAAAGUUCGGUUUGAAUGCCCAUGCUAAUGUGGUGCCACGACAACAGAUGACUCCAAUCCCAGUGCAUUUCAUUUUUAAAUUUUGCCAGAUUUUUUUUUUUUUCUGAAUAAAGAAAUUUGUAGAAAUCGUUAA